AUGCAAACGCUCGUCAGCGACCGUGGCCUCCGACGCGCAGACCCGCCUUCUCAAGACGUCCUCACCGGCGAGUUCAAGUUCAUGCAGGCAUAUCGCCCCAUCCGGGAACUCGUCGAGCACUCGGCGCCCAGGAUCCGCGAGUGCGACGGCAUCGCUGCGAUCCAGCCGUUCGUCGCGCACGCGUUCUCCUCCUCGAAACGCUCCUCGACACGUUUGACUGACGGCAUUCGCCAUCUGGUCACACCUUCGCUCGUUGCAGCGCUUGAGAACACGUUCAUACAUCUCGUUGGAACGGAGGACUGGCGUCACAUGGACCCGCCGAGUCUCUAUGUGGGCAUGUGCAAAGAUCGCCUCCUCGAUCUCACGUGGAAGGUCCCGCCGUGCCGGGCCCCUCCACCAGACGCGUCGUCUUCCGCCGCAGGUCCUCAACUGGAGAAACAGAGCGACCAAGCUGCGGAACCCGAGCUCCCCUGCGGAUUCCCCGUGGAGGCGGACGCCACUGCUACUCCACACGAAAUGUCCGUGGCGCCCGACGCGGUUCCUGCCACUUUGCCGACCGUACCCACGGAUAUGCCGCGUGCACCUUAG